AACUACUAGUGGUAUUUUCGUUUUGCACCUCGUAUUGGUCUAGAAGUUUGCUAAAGGGUUGUUCGAUACUUGUGAGUCUCAUGUUGAAUAUGUGAUGCAAUGGAUUCAUUUUUACGUCAUGCAGCUGAAGCCCUUCAUUCAAGUUGUAAAAGUAAAUGGAUUCUUGUUGUUGGAAAUGAAGCAUGUGAUCUAGAUAGUACAGCAUGUGCACUUGCCUAUGGAUUUUAUAAACAAACGAAGCUUGAAAAUGAGUUCAUUGUUAUACCUGUAUGUAGUAUCAAUAGAGAGGAUAUGGUUUUGCGCACUGAAGUUACCUUUUGGCUUACUCAAUGUGGUCUCAAAUGGGAAGAGCUGAUUUAUCUGGAUGAUGUUUUCAAUGAAACCUAUUCAAAAGUGAAUGAAAAUGAAUUAUUUUUAAUUCUAGUUGAUCAUCAUUUACCAACGAAAAAGUUUAGUGAAUGGCCAACCAUUGAAAUAAUUGAUCAUCAUCAGUUAGUUAAUACUGAAACCGUUGAAAAUUGUCCUUUUAAGCAAAUUGAUCUUGUCGGAUCCUGUGCCACUCUAAUCACAUUCGAAAUUUUGAAAGGAAUGGAUGGUAAUUAUUUACCAAGCAAUGUAUGGAAGUUGCUUUAUGGUGCCAUACUUAUUGAUACAAUCGGACUUUCUAAUGCUGGUCAAAUGGCUGGACGAUUAACAGAAUUAGAUCUUCGCAUGGCUAAUCGUAUCGAAGAUAUCAUUUACAAUCAGAUUUUCACUCCAAAUGUUUCAAGAAAUUCCUUAUUUACUCAACUGGAAACAGCAAAAUUUACUGUUGAUGGGCUAUCUACAUGGAAUUUAUUACGUCGUGAUAUGAAAAUUGUUUCUAGUCCAAAUAAAGAUGCGUUCCAAUUUGUGUGCUCUACUGUAUCUGGAGUUGAUUUUACGGUGUUAAUUAAUUCUCCUGACUUUACUGAAGCAGCCAAUCAGAUAUGUGCUAAAUACAAUGCCAAUUUACUUGUUUGUCUUACUGUUGGUUAUCCCUUAUCGGAAAGUUCAUCGAUACCUUCAUCGGAGUUGACAACUUUUCGAAGAAGAGCUCUGAUUUUGUAUAAUAUGAAUUUUCCUGCUGGACGUUAUAGUGAUCUGAUUAAAUUUCUCCUGAAUCCGAAGCUUGAUCUAGAUUUACUUCCUCAGUCUGUCCCUGAUUUCAGUCAUUUUAUAGCAAUUGUGAAUAAUGUCAGAAUGACACGUAAAAUCCUACUACCUUUAUUGGUACAGUUUCUUCAGCAAUUGGGGUCUCCAAGUGAUACUGGAACUUCCGAUAACAAUCCCAAAAAUGAUAUCGACAAUAAUGAUGAUUGUAACAAUGUUGUUAUGGAGUCAGACACAAACAACAAUAUCUUUUCAACAAAUACUAAGAGUUCACAUUCACUUGAUACAACUCCCAAGUGUUCAUCGGAUCUGAAAGAUAAGGUGAGGAAUGCUACUGAAUUUGCUCUAAAAGAUAUCAUUCCUUCUCUGAAGAAGUGGCUUUUACCUUUAAAUCCUCAUGAACGAUGUGAAUUUCUGAGAUCCUUUUGCCAAAGCUCUCUAAAAGCAAAUGAUAGUCCAUCACUGGACUUACUAAAUAGUUUAUGGACCAGUAUUUGGUAUGAAACUAGAAAAACUUCUAAAACUGUUAAAUCUGCCGUUGGUACACAAACACCUACACCGAAAUCAAUGUGGUUGAAGUCACACCAAACCAGACGUGUUGCGAGUAUGGUUCAAGGUAAUAGUUCAGCAAUAAAAGCAAUUUCAGGUAAAAUGGGAGGUUUCAAAUCCGCUCGACGUUUUACCUUAUCAGAUACCAACGAUCUUACAUUAUAUAAUGAAAAUAUAUCUAAAGCUCGGGUUGAUCUUUCAUCAUCACGUUUUGUUCAUCGUAUAUCUGAUGAACAUUUAUGUGUUUCCGAUUCUGAAAAUACUAAACCAAGUUGGUUAGAGACUGAAUAUUUGACUCGCAUUCCUGCCUGGUUACCUUCUACUUUAACAUCAACUUCUUUAGAUUCAGCCGAAGCAGUCAGUUAUAGACUUUAUCGUCGUUUAUCAGGAAUGCCGUUGUCCAAGGAUUCCGAAGAUGAAGUGUCUUAUGGUCACACAUCGUUUCAAAGAGAUAGUCAUGAUGUUCACAUCAUACAUGAUAAAGACCAGGACAUUGAUUAUAAUAAACUUGAAGAUGAUGAAUUAGCUUUACUUCGAACAUCACUUACAGAUUGUCGACAAUUGUUCAUAGAUAAACAAACAUCAACGUCUAAUUUAUCCAAUUAUACUAGCUGGCUUUCUAGUCAUCCGGAUCAUAUUACCGAACAAGGUCUUAAAUUUCUUAAGUUAGGUUUCGAUCUUCAGCCUGCGAAAACUGAAGAUAUAGGUAUGACACUAAAAAUGACUAAAUCAAUACUUAAUAACGAACAACAAAGUCACCCGUCUUUUCAUGUUACAUUUGAUCUUGGCUGUACAGAAGAUUCCAAAAUAAUGAUAUCAGACGAGUAAGUUUUGAUUAAAUCUAUCAUUGGAAUUAAAUGUUGAACUAUUUAUUCCCUUAUAUUGGUGUUUUUCAGUUGUCUACAUCUUAUUUUAAUAUCUUAUCCAAAGAGAUAAUGUAAUGUUUCACAGUUUUGUUCCAAGUAUUGGGUACAUUACUUUUUCUGAGUAUUUUAAUCUAAUUAUAGACUAAUGGACAUCCAGUCGAUUGUAAAUUUAUAACUGUUCUACACCGCUUUUAUGUGAGAGAUUAAGAAACAAAGCAAAGUUUUAGGGUGGAAUAAAUUGAAUAUUUAUGUUUUUGUUCUGUGAUUUUGUCGAAUAACCUGAUGUAUUUAUUGGUUAGUGGUUUGUUUUAAACAAUUAGAUCCUUAGUUCAUAUCCUUUUGCACAUACUUUAAUUAGAAUAUGGAUGUAAUAUCUCUAGUUGUCUUACUUUUAACCACAGUUGUUUUAAGUAGACAUAUAGGUGACACCAAAAGACAAGAGUAUGGAGUCGAUACAGUCAGUCAAAUAUCGUACAUGAUGGAGGAAGUACUGUUGAAAAAAUGUUGGUGGAUUAUUGAGAAUAGGAUCAGGUCUUGUUGACUAGGGGGAAACAAAUUAAUUUCUCACUGACAACCUCAUUAUCUUGUUCUGUGUCAGUAAAUACGGUGAUUGUAAGUAAUCUUCAUCUUGGCGUUCUUGUUGAUGGUGAAACAUGUUAACAAAGCCUGUCACCUAAAUUAGUCCUUCGUACGAUUGUUAUAACAGCUUAUGAACAGGGUCAACAUAGGCAAAGAUAAAGUCUCAAAUUGUCUACUUGUGUUUUGAAACCACCUCACCUAGCUUAUAUGAUCCCAUUAGUUAUUUCUUAGAUCUCAGGAAUUGGGACGAUGUCCUGUCGCGUAAGUUUCCAGGCGGUUAACAACUGUAAUCGCUUCUCACCCGAGUUCAAGGUGUAUAGCUGUUGCUCCUCAUAGGGUGUCUCUUCGAGAAAAUGGUCUACCAGGUUUCCCACCUGUACCACUAUAUUGAUGUUGGGGAUGCUAGAUCCCCAAAAAUCACUUGGUAAAAGUCUUAUUUUUGUAACCUUAUCUUGGAAAUUUGAAUUUCUCGUUUUCACUCCAAAAGCGCCUAUUUUUACUUUCAGAUUGUAUUUCCCACAUGAAAGGACCCUAAAUGUCAUUGGUUGGUUGCCUCUUUUAAUGUGCUGUUUCCGAAGAGCAUUUUAUAUUGUAUAUAUACGCUUGAGUUGUGUGCUUGUUGUUCUUGUUUCUAGCUGCUUGUGGAAUAUACCUUUCCCUCAUCUCAACCAAGUCUUUUCUCUCUAGUUAGAGGAGCUGGGGCGCAUCGGAAAAGUUAACUUGUUUUGUCGCUAUGUUGCUGAUCUUUCAUUCCGUUCGCCGAUUUAGGUGAUCUCGUAAUCUCUUAAAACAUAGCAAUCGAUCAGGAGCACAUCAACCAAAUGUUCCUAACGUGAAGUUUGCGGUCGAAUAGCAUAGGUCAGGAACUGUUUAAGCCUAUACAAACCACGUAUGGACGUUGUUGGGAUCGUUUUUAAUAGUUAUAAUUUUCCAGUGGUGUCUAGUAAAGCAUGUGGUAUGUUUUUAUUUUAGGGAAUGUCUGAUGAUAGCGAUGGUAAUGUGGAUUUAUCAUGUCUCAUAGCGAAUCAGAAACAUUAUUACGUACAGGAUAUAUGACAACAAUAUCAUGUAUAUAAAAUGCAGCCGAAAAUAGAAAAAGGUUAGGUUAUGAUCACAAACGUUACAAACCUGAAGUUUUCACAAAAGUUUCUGUAAAUCGAACGAAAUUGUAACAACUAGUUUCAUUAAACACUUACAUGAUUUAUCUUAACCUUUUAAUCCUUCCAGUCAUUCUGUUAUUUAUGUGCAUAACCUUGAGGAUAUGCGUAUGAUAGAACUUGUAUCAGUAUACUUGCGUCUCUUUCAUGCUUGGUAAUACUCUUACUCAUCAUUUAUUGAGUAGGCACGUUUACUUUCUCCGUUUCUCAUCUUUCAUUGGUUGUCUACACUAAAAGAUGUAUAAAAUACAUGUAUUCGUAGGCACUCUCAUAUUUUCAGAAGGGGUUUGUGGAGAUUUUUAGAGAUUUUCACAGAUUUAAAUCAUGAGUCAGUUGAAGCUAGACCACCAUUGAAAACCUGGAAGCACUGGACGGCCGUUUCGUCCUAGUAUGGAACUCCUCAGCAGUGCGCAUCCACGAUCCCGCACCACGCGGGGCUCGAACCCAGGACCUACUGGCUUCGCGCGCGAGCACUUAACCAUUAGACCACUGAGCCGGCAUCCAACGGUGUUAAUGUCUAACUUCAACCAAUCCACGAAGUUGCGCCACCAUAUACCAUUGUCUUCAGUGAGCUGAUAUCUCACAACAGACCUGGUUGAACUCCACUGGUAACGGCUUCCCACUAGAACUCCAGGAGUGUCUCUUGAAGUCAGUCACUAAUGAGCAGAUGAUUAUUAUCAGAAGGGGUUUGUGGAGAUUUUUAGAGAUUUUCACAGAUUUAAAUCAUGAGUCAGUUGAAGCUAGACCACCAUUGAAAACCUGGAAGCACUGGACGGCCGUUUCGUCCUAGUAUGGGACUCCUCAGCAGUGCGCAUCCACGAUCCCGCACCACGCGGGGCUCGAACCCAGGACCUACUGGCUUCGCGCGCGAACACUUAACCAUUAGACCACUGAGCCGGCAUCCAACGGUGUUAAUGUCUAACUUCAACCAAUCCACGAAGUUGCACCACCAUACACCAUUGUCUUUAUUAAAUAAUUAAUUACUUAUGUACAUUUGUGUAUGUGUAUAUGUGAGUGUACUUUUUUACUCUCUCUCUCUCUCUUUCCCUCUUUAUAUUUUUCUACUUUAGGACAGUGGAUGAAUAAUUCCAUGAAACCGAAUACAAUCCAAUUAUUGUUAAUUCAUCGAAAAUUGAAUAAUAAUUAUAACAUUAAUUGGUUAAAACAAUUUAUUUCCAAUUAUUCACAUGUUAUUCGUGUUAGCUUUAUAAAAUUUACAUUAAAUUUCUUCUCAAAAAUAUAAUCAUUUUCCCUGUUGUGUACAUUUUGUAUUUUAGUUGGUUUGUUUAUUUUCCCUUUCUGUAUACGUUAAAUGUUUAGUUCAUUUAUAUUGAUACUCUUCUGAUUAUACAUUAUUUUAUUACAUAAUCAUUAUUAGUUAUUUUAUGCUUUUCUUGUUGUUUAUAAUUUCACUUAUUUCUUGAAUUUGUCGUUGUUGUUAUUCUCUUUCUUUUUUUCUUUUUUUGUUUCAUUAUUUCGCAAUUGUUUUUUAAAAUAUUAUUAUCAAUUAGUUCUGUUUGUUUUAACAAUUGUUGUUUACAUUUUCAAAUCAGUAAUUUCAGUUUCAUUCUGUUUACUUUGAUUGUUUAUAUUUUUUAUGUUUACAUCUAGAAUAUUUCUGUUUUAUAUUCAUAUUGUUAAUAAUGAUACUACUAAUAAAAAUUUCAUGUUCUGUCU